ACGCACACACACAAUCCAAUGUAGUACACGUGCCAUCCCACUAGAAUCGCGGCCUGUUACCCUUUCUUUAACACGGAACUAACAUUUCUCUUUAUAUAUGUUCUGUGAUGUUUGCUUUUAGGCUUCUCUCUGGUAAAUGUUAGCUAAUCAAUCAUAAAUCAUGUUUUAUUUAAUAGGGUUAGGGCUAGGCGAUGCGAAAGAUGUUACUGUCAAAGGACUGGAGAUUAUCAAAAAAUGUAAACGCGUGUACUUGGAGUCUUAUACCUCUAUUUUGACAGUACAGCAAGAAACUUUGGAAGAAUUCUAUGAACGCUCACUGAUUAUAGCUGACCGUGAAUUGGUGGAAAGUUAUGCAGAUGAGAUAUUGCCAAAGGAAGAAGAUGAGGAUGUAGCUUUAUUGGUAGUGGGAGAUCCCUUUGGUGCUACUACACAUACAAACUUAAUACUUCAUGCAAAGGAAAAGAAGAUACAAGUAAAAGUUGUACACAAUUCAUCGAUAUUGUCAGCAGUUGGAUGUUGUGGCUUGCAGUUAUAUUCUUAUGGAGAAACUGUCUCGAUUCCAUACUGGACCGACACUUGGAAACCGGAUAGCUUCUACGAAAAGAUAGUUUCUAACAGACAGAUGAACCUGCAUACACUGUGUCUCUUAGAUAUCAAAGUUAAAGAGCCUACUUUGGAGAGUAUCUUGAAAAAAAAGAAGGAUUACAUGCCUCCUACAUACAUGAGUGUCAAUGAGGCAGCUAGUCAGUUGAUAAAGAUACUCAACAAUCAAAUUCAAGAUGGUCAGAUUACAGAAUUCACUGAUCAGUGCUUAGCGGUGGGCCUAGCUCGAGUGGGUUGCGAGGAUCAACGUAUUCUCGCCUGUUCUCUGCGAGAUAUGACGAGUGUCGAUCUGGGACCACCGUUACACUGCCUCGUCAUACCAGCUAAGAAGAUGCAUCCUCUAGAGAUCGAAUUCCUAAAGCAGUACGCUCUCAGAGAGGAGCAGUUCAAGGAAAUGACGCAGUAGAUGUUAUUUUUUUACACAUUAAAAAAUAAAAUCAAUUGUCUUAAUUAA